GUUUUCGUUGCAACCCAAAAUACACUACGUCAUUUGAUAUUGUUAUUUCCAGCUACUUCACUAAUAGAAGAGACAUUGGAAUUUAACUGGGCCAUUGUAAUCUAAUCCACUAUCUAGCACAGAGUUGUGCUAAUUGUUCUCCCAAUUCCAGUGUUUUAUAAGUCAGAACAAUUCCCUGGUGCUACUUUCGAGUUCGAAAAUUCAGAAGAGACCUCUCUGUUUUUUUUUUCCUUUUUUGGGUUAAAUGAAGGAGGGAAAUGCCUAGUGUCUUAAACUAAUACCGAUCGUUGAUAGAACACACCAACAACAUCAUGUUGUAACGAUGGUUGAACCACAGGUGGCGAAUCAUUUAACCAAGACAGGCCUCCGGAACUAGCAGCUGCCAAGAAUACAAAAGAGUCAGCAGCAAAAUUCGACUCAUGCUCUACAUUUUACUCACUUUUACCAUUCUACUCACUUUUGUAAGUUUGUGUUCAUCCGUUAUCAUAUUUGCAAAAAAGACAUUCAUGCAUAGCAGACUUUAUCGUUGUGAAUUAAAGAUUCGAACGGGAUACUUUUGUAUAAAUAGCUUCAAAAUAAUUAUUUAAUUUAGAUUUUUAAUUUUAAUUUAAUUUAUUUUUAAAAAUAAAAUUUUAAUUGGACAAUUAUUUCGAGACAGAAGAGUAGAUGGGUGCAUAAGAAUCCCUGUAAUAUCAUGAUUAAGUGGUUAAAACAUUUGCUGGGGACUGCAAUUUAGCAACACAUUGCUAAACCCUAAUUUGUUUAGGGUUUAGGGUUUAGGGUUUAGGGCUUGACAGUUGAGAUGUUAAUUGUCAAAUUUUGUAAAAUUCACCAUUAUGUAAAUAUGUUUUACAGUCGCAUGCCAAUCGCAAAAAUUAAAAAAAAAGAAAAGAAAAAAAAAGCACCAAAGUGGACUGGGGAUGAAGACUUGAAGUCUUGAACCCUUGAAGGAAGUAUAACUGUAUAACAGUAGUACGAAUUCAUUUCGAUUAGGACACAUUCUGUGGAAGAAAUCAGCAGCUAGAAAUGAAGGUUUCCCUGUUUUCAACUGUGGCUAUCUGUUGUUUCUUCCUUCUAUCAGCCAAAUCAAGUUUGAUUCUUCUUCCAGACAGUUUCAUCCAAUGCCUUUCUGAAUAUCAAUUUUCAUCACCAAAUUCCUCUGUUCUGAGUGUAGUUUAUGCCAGAACCAACACAUCCUACCAAUCCAUUUUGGAUUCAGCAAUCCCAAAUUACAGAUUCUUGUCAUCUUCCGCUCCAAAGCCCCUUGCAAUUAUCACUCCUCUGCUUUACUCCCAUGUCCAAGCUACAGUCAUAUGUUCAAGAGAGAAUCGACUCCAGAUUCGAAUCCGAAGUGGUGGUCAUGAUUUUGAAGGCCUUUCUUACAGAUCCCAGGUCCCAUUUAUCAUACUUGAUCUCAGAAACCUGAGAUCAAUUAGAGUUGACAUUGAAAACGAGACUGCCUGGGUUGAAUCUGGCGCAACAAUUGGUGAAUUGUACUAUGCCGUUGCUCAGGAAAGCCCUGUUCAUGGAUUUCCAGCUGGGACGGCUCCGGUUGUCGGCGUUGGCGGGCAUUUCAGCGGUGGAGGAAAUAGCUAUCUGAACAGGAAACAUGGGCUAUCUGCUGAUAACGUUGUCGAUGCGAUUGUCGUUGAUUUUCGCGGCCGAAUUCUAAACAAAGAAUCAAUGGGGAGUGAUUUUUUCUGGGCUAUUAGAGGAGGUGGAGGAGCAAGUUUUGGAGUCAUACUUUCCUGGAAAAUCAACCUCGUUCGCGUCCCGCCGGUAGUCACAGUUUUCAGAUUAGCCAAGACAUUCAAACAAAACGCCAUUGGCCUUGUUCAUAAAUGGCAAUACAUUGCACCUCAUUUGCCAGAUGAUCUCACCAUUGCCGUAGCAAUACAGAGAUUUGGUCCCCUGAGUACUCCGACCGCAACAUUCAACUCAUUGUUCCUUGGAAGAACAGAGGAACUACUGAAAAUGAUGGAAGAAAGCUUCCCUGAGCUCGAAUUGAGCAAACACGACUGCAAAGAGAUGAGUUGGGUUGAAUCAGCUCUUACUUUGUCAGAAUAUCCAGAUCAAUUUAGCAUUGAAGUUAUGAAGAACAGGUCAUACAGCCCAUUUGAUGCUAAUGUUAAGCUCAAGAUAGACUUGGUUCAACAACCUCUGCCUUGUGUAGCUGUUCAACAGUUAUGGAAAUGGUGUUCAGAGGUAGAGUAUCCAAGGCUGCAACUCCAUCCUUACGGCGGAACCAUGGGAAGGAUAUCGGAAUCAAGAAUCCCAUUCCCACACAGAAAAGGUGUUCUGUUUGAAAUCAUGUACAUUGAGUCCUGGUUCAAUGAUGAAGAUGGGAAAGAUUCAGAGAAAUACAUGAAUCAAGUCAGAGGGUUAUACGAGUUCAUGACGCCGUAUGUUCAAAGCAAUCCAAGAGGGGGUUAUGUGAAUGGAAUUGAUCUUGAUUUAGGCACAAAUGGUAAUGAUCCUUGGGGAGCUUCAUAUUCUAAAGCCAAGGCUUCAUGGGGUUCAAUGUACUUCAAGAGUAAUUUUGAGAAGCUAGCAAUGGUUAAAGCCAAAGUUGAUCCAACCAAUUUUUUCUUCUAUGAGCAGAGCAUCCCGCCACUUCUUUUUUCUAGUCCUGAAAGUAGAAAUUGCAGAAAAGGGAACUUUGCUUCUGUUUGACUUGUUAAUUUACAAAAUGUACAUUUUUCUGGAUUUGCGUAUGCAAGACAUGAACGAAUAAACCAUUUCCAGUUUUAUCGUUUUCUUCUCCGAUGGAAUAACAUUUUGCAAAGACAACAAUGAAAUUGUUUAGUAAGGCGUCAAGGCGCUGAAGAAGUUGUAUAACUCUUUGUUAUCGCUCAUAAAUGGUGACACUGUCUGAAUAUGAAGAAGCUAGAAACUAGCUAGCUGGCAUAACUUCUAAGCUUGGUUGAUGAAGCAAAUGCUAACACAUCAACAACAACCAAAAAGAAAAUUCGAAAACAUGCCUCCACAAGUUUUGCCGAUAGCGAUUUCCCAACUUCUAAUGGAUGCGCGCACAUAGAUGUGUAUAUAUAUAAACUAGUGCAAAUUGUUGAAAUCAUAAAAUCGUCUAAUUAACUAAUGGAAACGAUGAAUGUUGCAUUUAUGAUAAUGGUGAUACUGGUUUUUGUGAUGAUGAUUGUUAGUAAAGAAGGUAGUGAUUGGCAGAGGACAAGGAAGAAUGCCAAGACCAAAUAAUAGACUUAUCUUCAUGUCUUCCUUUUCUAAGUGAGCAGAGUAAGUUUCCAUCUCCAAUUUGUUGCAUUCGUCUUGCAGACAAGUAUGAUAAGGAGAAGAGGAGAUGUUUGUGUAUGGCCGUGAGAGACAGAAAUGAACCCUGUGGAACUUCUUAUUCCAAAGCCAAUUCAAGAACAAUUUCA